AUGAGAGAUCGGCCCGUCAUCAGCAUCGAAAAUUACACCAUAUACUGCGGCGACGCUGAUGAGAACAAAGUAGGUGGCUGCGCGAUAGCUGUGAGGAACGAUUACAAGAACCUGGUGGAGGAAUUUGGCACAACGUCGUCUGGAUGCGCCUUUCUACGACUGCGGGAUCACAGAGGGCGUAAACUCUGGAUCGCAAGUGCUCACGCACCUACGGAAAGAGCUGAGGGCAACAGUAAGGACGCCUUCUAUGAUGAACUCAAUGCGUUGAUGCAAAUGCGAAGAUGGGACUCGAACAGCAAUCCGAUGUGCAAGGAAAAUGGUAUUAUCCAGCGGAGUGCACGUCGGACAACGGGGAAUCAUCGACGCCAUCAGCUCAAGCGGCAGGGGUCAACCCUUUUAACGCCUGAAGAGCAGCGCAAGCGGCAGAUGAGGGCUCUUAAGCUUCAGCUCGACUACGUUCUGGCAAGGAAUAUUCCAGAUUUCAAAUAUCCGAAAAUCUGGAGCUGUUUGGGACGUCGCGUUCGACUCUGA